AUGAGCAACAAAUUCUUGGGCACUUGGAAACUUGUCUCCAGUGAGCACUUUGAUGAUUACAUGAAAGCUCUGGGUGUGGGGUUAGCCACCAGAAAACUGGGAAAUUUGGCCAAACCCCGUGUGAUCAUCAGCAAGAAAGGGGAUAUUAUAACUAUAAGGACUGAGAGUACAUUUAAAAAUACAGAGAUCUCCUUUAAGUUAGGUCAGGAAUUUGAAGAAACCACAGCCGACAACAGGAAAACAAAGAGCGUCGUGACCUUGUCAAGAGGCUCAUUGAAUCAAGUGCAGAAAUGGGAUGGCAAAGAGACGACAAUAAAAAGAAAGCUGGUGGAUGGGAAAAUGGUAGUGGAAUGUAAAAUGAAGGGCGUGGUCUGCACCAGAAUUUAUGAGAAGGUCUGA